AACUGGAGUGGGUGAGUUUAUUGUGCUGUUUGAGCCAAAUGGAUUAUCAGAGUGUGAAAGAAACAGCAGCACAGAAAAGAAAAAAUAGAUUUAGAAAAAGACAUGAAAAUAAGUUCAGUCUGAAAAACACUAAAGUAGAAAUACACAGCAGUUAGCAGGCUCAGUGAGCAGCUGGACUCUCAUUUUUCACACGGACAUUUUCAGAGUGCUGAGUGGAAAAGUCACAGGUGCACAGCAUCUCGCUACCUGCUGCAAGUGGGAACAGGGAGAAGAUGAUCUGCAGGAUCCUGCUGCUCAUCAUCCUCACCUCAUGUGUCUCUGGCUCAUUUGUAGUCAAUGUGACACAGACCUCCUAUCAGGCAGAGGAGAACCACAACAUCACACUGGAGUGGACGUUCACCACCAAACCUGACAGAUCAACCAAAACUCUCAACAUCCUCUGUGAACUCUUCAUCAGUGAUAACGUCUCAGUCCUGUAUCAUGUUCAUGAAGGUGUUGAGGUGUCAGAGUCUCAGGAUGCAAAGUUUUCAGGACAAGUCCAGAGUGACAAAGACGCCCUCAGAGAAGGACGAAUCAGACUUCAACUGUCCAGACUCAGGACUGAUGACUCGGGUCUGUACCUGUGUGAGGUCAACACUGAUUAUGGCUUCAGUGUUGGAAGAUGUCGACUCAACGUCACUGGUGAGAUGAGUGAAACUUUAAAACCAGCUGCUGCUGAGACCAAACAUCAAACUCCAACUAUGAACCCACAGACAGAGAGUCGAGGAAGGAUCUGUUGUGUGUUUUUGGGUGGCAUGUAUGCCUAUGUACUUAUAUAUCUGCACUGAAGAUAUAUACUGUAACCUUCAUGUAGACUCUUAAGCACAAGUCGUUUUGCCUUCACCAGGGUUUAUUAAGGUGGUACAGUAACAGGGCAGUUAAUGUAAGGGGAGAGUUCUCCUGAAUAACUCACUUUCCAACUCCGAUAACUAACUCCCCCCCAAUACACACUCAAUGUCUUUCA